AUGGAUGUUGACAUGCUCAAAUCAUUAUCAUCGUCGUCAGCAGUAGGAGGUGAUCAUCAUCAUCAUCACAUGGACAUGAUGACAAUGAUGAUGCAAAUGCAAAAACAGCAUCAUUCCCCUGAUCACUUCUGCAAUGACUCUUACCCUAACAACAAUAAUCCCACAUUUCCAGAGAUAGAUUUUAAUUGGGUUUCAAAUCCAAACCCCAAUAAUCUUGAAUCCAUUUCUCCACUACCCAUGUUCCAUGACCCAAAUCCAAAUGCAGUUCCUCAACAACGCACAUUGCUAAAUCCUGCAUUACCCUCCUCUGUUUCCUUCAUGGUAAACCCAAUCCAAGAACCCUUAACCCCAAGACUAAUUAAGCCUUCUGGUAUUAGUCCUACAGGACUAUCAGUCCCACCCAGUACUUCUCCAUACGAGAAGAGAAACUCUAUGGCUGCAAUGAGGGAGAUGAUAUUCAGGAUAGCAGCAAUGCAGCCCAUUCAGAUAGACCCGGAGGCGGUGAAGCCGCCGAAGAGGAGGAACGUGAAGAUUUCGAAAGACCCACAGAGCGUGGUGGCGAGGCACCGGAGGGAAAGGAUUAGUGAGAAGAUCAGAAUCCUGCAAAGACUUGUUCCUGGUGGGAUUAACAUGGACACUGCUUCUAUGUUGGAUGAGGCCAUACAUUAUGUGAAGUUUUUGAAGAAGCAAGUGCAGACUUUGGAGAGAGCUGGGGCUGAUAGACCGGACGGCGUUGGAUUCCAAGGGAGUGGCAAUCAGUUGGGUAAUGUGAAUUACUCUAGUUUUCGGAGGCCUUCUCAGUUGGUGGGUUCUAUGCAGAUGCUUAGAUGAUCAGAGACUAGUUGAGAUUUGAAAUAUCAUGUACUAAUCGUUGUGUACGUUUGAGAGAUUGUUUCUGAGGGGGGAAUGUAAAGUAGUUGUUACUUGUUGAUGAUUCUUGAUGUUAUUUUUAAAGGAAACUUGGAUGUGUGCAUGCUUUUAGGGAUUGCAUUAAUCCAUGCAGAACAGGAUUUACAUGAUCACCCAAUGUCCCAGCAAGUUCAAGUGCAAAGAUA